AUGGUGGGAGCGCCAUUGACGUUCGAGUCGCUUGGAGUCGAAAAAUCAAACAAUGCAGAUGCCUCGGUGCACAAGGUCCACAUCUCUGCAUACCAACCUGCCACCUCGCCAAUUGUUCCUAUGAGCAGAGAUGAUAAGGCCACCCUCGCCAUGGCCAGUGCCCCAGAGUUGGAAGUCACCGUGCAGUCGAGCGCCAGUGACUUUUUCUCAUCCAACUACAAUCGCAUCCAGGUUCCUUUGACGUGGCAGCGCGCUAUCUCUGGAGGCGUUCUCAUGGGGUUUGGUAUCCUCCUCUGCCUCUUUGGCUUUCUCAGCCUUCGCUUCUCUCUCUUACUGACUGGAUUCAUCGGAGGAGCGAUCGCUGCCUAUGCCAUUUUGCUCAACACUGAGCCCGAUGGUCUGUGGUCCAACCGCAUUUUGAUCUACGUAGCUGUGUGCAUUGCCGCCGGACUCUUGGUUGGUAUGAUUAUGUUGGGCUUGAACAAGUAUGCAACUUGGAUCCUAGGUGGCGCAGGAGGACUUGCUUUGGGUGUCUAUAUUCUCAGCUGGAGAGCUGGUGGGUUGAUCCACAACACUGCUGGACGUAUCGCUCUUAUGGCCGGCCCUGCUGCCCUCGGCAUGUUCUUGUCGAUAUUUCUUGGCAAGCUGACCUCUAUCUUUGCCACCGUCCUUAUUGGCGGAUACAUGUUCACACUUGGUCUUGACAUGUUCCUCCGCACGGGCUUCCUCGAGAAUUACAAGCAACUCUUCCGCACCGGCAAUAACGUCCCAUAUCAGAUGUACAGCGGUAUCUAUGGAAUGCUCGGUGUCCUCUCGCUCGCAUUCUUGCUCGGCUUCCUCUUCCAGAUUCCACUUUACUUCCUCCACAGGCGCAAACAAAGACGCCAUGACGUCCCCGUUGUCAAAGGCCCCUAUGGCACCUCGAACCGCGACAACCAGUAUGGAGGAAGCCAGUACGGAAGCCAGUAUGGAGGAAGCCAGUACGGCAGCCGCGACCAUCUGGGUGUCCCCCAGAACCAGGGUGCACCCGCCGAGUACACCUGGUAUGGAAAGCGCAAGAACCCACCAGUCCCAGCCAACAACCCAUACAACCACGGGUACAACGAGAAGGGUUACCAACCCGUCUACAGUCAGAACAACCUCAACCAGCCCACUCACGGUGCACCUGUCGCCGCACCCUCCUCUCAAGCUGGUCCAGUUGUCCCAUCCACCUCUCAAAAUCAAGCUGCUAACAUUAGCGAUGUUCCCUCGACCACUACGGGAGACAAGACUGUUGCUUUUGAGGAGAAGAAGAAUUGGCUGGGACGUACCAAGGUCGUUCCCAAGUUUACCGAUAAUGCAAUCUCGUCCACCGCUACUGCAAACGCGGACACCACUGCCACGGCCACCCAGCCACCUCUGUAA